AUGUAUACGGUUACUAAUGUUAAUCAUUGGCUAGUGUCUUUGCCAUCACUCUUCACAACACAGCCUUUAGCAAUAAUAAUUCCUGCUGUUGUUACUGUAUUUUGUAUAUUUUUAACUUCUUUCUUUCUAAGAAACUCUAGAUAUCAUAAUUCCUCAACAACUAAUAGAGAAUUUGAAUCUCUCAUAAUUCAAAAAGACACGCAAUACAUCGUUGUCCGAAAUAAACGACUUCGAAUUGUGCAUAUUAUUCAUGAGCUUGGGUCAAAAGUUCCUUUGGUUGUAUUUAUUCAUGGACUUGGUGGACAGGUAACGCAAUGGGAAAAUCAAAUCGAAUAUUUUUCUUCAACUGCUAAUAUUCUAGCUGUGGAUUUAUUAGGUUGCGGAAAGAGUGAAGUGUCAAACAGAGAUUAUACAACUGAAUCCUUGAUAGAUGAUCUUGAAGAACUAUUGAAACGGUACCCAAGUGAAAAUACAGUAUUGAUUUGUCAUUCAUAUGGAUGUUGCCUUGGUACAAAAUUAUAUCAACGCAUUAAACAUGCCAUUAAAGCCCUUACAUUUAUUUCGGUAAAAGCUAGUAUAUCCGAAAGUGAAAAAAAGAAACAACAAAAAGUUCUUUCGUAUCCUAACUUUCUAAUAGACAUGUUCCGAUAUUUGGAUCGUAUUGGCGGCAUUCAUUCUGAAAGUGUAAAUCGAAUUUUAUAUAAAAAUGCAAAUGAAGAGGUGAGGACCAAACAAUUAAGAUGGAAUAAGCAAUCAAAAACGAUUGUAUGGAAACAAAUGUUGGCUGGAAUUAAUUGGUUUACCCAAGCUGAUAUAAGUUUAAUUGAAUGUCCGAUGUUACUUAUUACCGGAAUAGAGGAUAAAAUUAGUUUGCCAGGUGAUAUGAAUAUUAUUCAAGGAUGGUGCAAGUCAUCAUCUGAAAUUUUCUAUAUACCAGAAUCAGGUCACAAUGCAAUGGUAGAAAAACCUGGUAUGGUUAACCUUAUAAUUUAUGAUUUUCUUAUUAAGACAUAUGGUUUGGAGACUUUGGAUCCUGCAUGGCAAAUUCUUUUCAAGACUAAAGGAGAAAAUAAGUGGUCUAUGAAGAACUUUCAAAAGUGGAAACGGACUCCGAUAAUAUCAGAACGAACCGUCAAUAACACGAGAUUCAGAGCGAUGAAGGUUAUGCGACAAAACGAUGAAGAACAUUGUCCAAAGUCAUUUAUUGCACGACAUCCGGAAAUAGGAUUGUAA